CACACCAUAUGUGCCCUGUUCCAGUGCGCGGGUCUGUGGAGAGCCGGGUGCGAGAGGGGGCAGAGUGGGGGGAACGGAGCCGAGCGGAGACCGAAGUCGGCCGGGGGACAGUGGGUCUGUGAGAGACCGAAUAGAGGGGCUGGGGCCGCGAGCUCCGCUGACACACGAUGGGGAAGAAGCAGAAAAACAAGAGCGAAGACAGUGCCAAGGAUGACAUUGAUCUUGAUGCCUUGGCUGCAGAAAUAGAAGGAGCUGGUGCUGCCAAGGAUCAGGAACCUCAAAAGGCAAAAGGGAAAAAGAAAAAGGAGAAGAAAAGGCAAGAUUUUGAUGAAGAUGAUAUCCUGAAAGAACUGGAAGAAUUGUCUUGGGAAGCUCAAGGCAUCAAAGCUGACAGAGAAACUGCUGCAGCAAAGCCAACAGAAAAUAAUGAAGAUGAAUCCAUCUCAAAACAAGAUAAAAAAAAGAAAGGACAGAAAGGCAAAAAACAAAGUUUUGAAGAUAAUGAUAGUGAAGAAUUAGAAGAUAAAGAUUCAACAUCAAAAAAGACUGCAAAACCCAAAGUGGACAUGUGCUCUGAGAGUGAUGAUGACGGUGACCGAAAAGCUAAAGGGAAAGCUCAGAAGUCAAGUAAGAAGCGGGACGGGUCAGAAGAGGAUGACGAUAACAGUAAGAGAAUUAAAGAUCGUAUGAGAGUUCAUUCUUCUGGUGAAAGUGGUGAUGAAUCAGAUGAAUUUUUGCAGUCCAGGAAAGGACAGAAAAAAAAUCAGAAAAAUAAGCCAGGUCCUAAUGUAGAGAGUGGAAAUGAAGAUGAUGACUCCUCCUUCAAAAUUAAGACAGUGGCUCAAAAGAAGGCAGAAAAGAAGGAGCGUGAGAGAAAAAAGCGGGAUGAAGAAAAGGCGAAACUGCGGAAGCUGAAAGAAAAAGAAGAGCUAGAAUCUGGUAAAAAGGAUCAGAGUAAACCAAAAGAGUCUCAGAGGAAAUCUGAAGAGGAGGUUGUAAAAUCCAGAGUGACUCUUGAUUCUGGAGCAACUCCUGCCUCUGAAGAGAUUCCCACAGCUGCAGAAGAUGACAAUGAAGGAGACAAAAGGAAAAAAGAUAAGAAGAAAAAGAAAGCAGAAAAGGAAGAGAAAGAGAAGAAAAAAGGACCUAGCAAAGCCACAGUUAAGGCUAUGCAAGAAGCUCUAGCUAAGCUUAAAGAAGAAGAGGAAAGACAGAAGAGAGAAGAGGAAGAACGGAUAAAACGGCUUGAAGAAUUGGAAGCCAAGCGUAAAGAAGAGGAAAGAUUGGAACAAGAAAAGAGAGAAAGGAAAAAGCAAAAAGAAAAGGAAAGAAAAGAACGCUUGAAAAAAGAAGGGAAACUUUUAACUAAAUCCCAGAGAGAAGCCAGAGCCAGAGCCGAAGCUACCCUUAAACUUCUACAAGCUCAGGGUGUUGAAGUGCCAUCAAAAGACUCUUUGCCAAAGAAAAGGCCAAUUUAUGAAGAUAAAAAGAAGAAAAAAACACCACAGCAGCUGGAAAAUAAAGUAUCUGAGCCAAUGGAAUUAAGUACUGCUGUAGAAGUUGUGGAACAAGGAGUACCUGAAAAAGAAGAGACACCACUUCCUGUUGAACCAGAAGAGGAAGAAGAAACUGAGGAUGCUGGAUUGGAUGAUUGGGAAGCUAUGGCUAGUGAUGAGGAGCGAGAAACAGAAGGGAACACAGUGCAUAUAGAAGUAAAAGAAAACCCUGAAGAGGAGGAGGAAGAAGAAGAAGAGGAGGAGGAGGAUGAAGAGAGUGAAGAGGAAGAGGAAGAAGAAGGAGACAGUGAAGGCAGUGAAGGUGACGAAGAAGAUGAAAAGGUGUCAGAUGAGAAGGAUGCAGGGAAAACAUUAGAUAAAAAGCCAAGUAAAGAAGUGAGCUCAGAAUCUGAGUAUGACUCUGAUGAUGAUCGAACUAAAGAAGAACGGGCUUAUGACAAAGCAAAACGGAGGAUCGAGAAACGGCGACUUGAACAUAGUAAAAACGUAAAUACAGAGAAGCUAAGAGCUCCUGUUAUUUGUGUACUUGGACAUGUGGAUACAGGGAAGACAAAAAUUCUAGAUAAACUCCGUCACACGCAUGUACAAGAUGGUGAAGCAGGUGGUAUCACGCAGCAAAUUGGUGCCACCAAUGUUCCUCUUGAAGCUAUUAAUGAACAAACUAAAAUGAUUAAAAAUUUUGAUAGAGAGAAUGUUCGGAUUCCAGGAAUGCUGAUUAUUGACACUCCGGGGCAUGAGUCUUUCAGUAAUCUGAGAAACAGAGGAAGCUCUCUCUGUGAUAUUGCCAUCUUAGUUGUUGAUAUUAUGCAUGGCUUGGAGCCCCAGACAAUUGAAUCUAUCAACCUUUUGAAAUCUAAAAAAUGUCCCUUCAUUGUUGCACUCAAUAAGAUUGAUAGGUUGUAUGAUUGGAAAAAGAGCCCCGACUCUGAUGUGGCUGCUACUUUAAAGAAGCAGAAAAAGAAUACAAAAGAUGAAUUUGAGGAGCGAGCAAAGGCUAUUAUUGUGGAAUUUGCACAGCAGGGAUUGAAUGCAGCUUUGUUUUAUGAGAAUAAAGAUCCCCGUACUUUUGUGUCUUUGGUACCUACCUCUGCACAUACUGGUGAUGGCAUGGGAAGUCUGAUCUACCUUCUUGUCGAGUUAACUCAGACCAUGUUGAGUAAGAGACUUGCACACUGUGAAGAGCUGAGAGCACAGGUGAUGGAGGUUAAGGCUCUCCCAGGAAUGGGCACCACUAUAGAUGUAAUAUUGAUCAAUGGGCGUUUGAAGGAAGGAGAUACAAUUAUUGUUCCUGGAGUAGAAGGGCCCAUUGUCACCCAGAUUCGAGGCCUCCUGUUACCUCCUCCUAUGAAGGAGUUAAGAGUAAAGAACCAAUAUGAAAAGCAUAAAGAAGUAGAAGCAGCUCAGGGGGUAAAGAUUCUUGGAAAAGACCUGGAAAAAACGUUGGCUGGUUUACCCCUCCUCGUAGCUUAUAAAGAAGAUGAAAUCCCAGUUCUUAAAGAUGAACUGAUCCAUGAGUUAAAGCAGACACUGAAUGCCAUCAAAUUAGAAGAGAAAGGAGUUUAUGUCCAGGCAUCUACACUAGGAUCUUUGGAAGCGCUACUUGAAUUUUUGAAAACAUCAGAAGUGCCCUAUGCAGGAAUUAACAUUGGUCCAGUCCAUAAAAAAGAUGUUAUGAAGGCUUCGGUGAUGUUGGAACAUGAUCCUCAGUAUGCAGUAAUUUUGGCCUUUGAUGUGAGAAUUGAACGGGAUGCACAAGAAAUGGCUGAUAGUUUAGGAGUUAGAAUUUUUAGUGCAGAAAUUAUUUAUCAUUUAUUUGAUGCCUUUACAAAAUACAGACAAGACUACAAGAAACAGAAACAAGAAGAAUUUAAACACAUAGCAGUAUUUCCCUGCAAGAUAAAAAUCCUCCCUCAGUUUAUUUUCAAUUCUCGAGAUCCGAUAGUGAUGGGCGUGACUGUGGAAGCCGGCCAGGUGAAGCAGGGGACACCCAUGUGCGUACCUAGCAAAAACUUUGUUGACAUUGGAAUAGUAACGAGUAUUGAAGUAAACCAUAAACAAGUGGAUGUUGCAAAAAAAGGACAAGAAGUCUGUGUCAAAAUAGAGCCCAUCCCCGGUGAAUCUCCCAAAAUGUAUGGAAGACAUUUUGAAGCUACAGAUAUUAUCGUCAGUAAGAUCAGCCGGCAGUCCAUCGAUGCCCUCAAAGACUGGUUCAGAGACGAGAUGCAGAAGAGUGACUGGCAGCUUAUUGUGGAGCUGAAGAAAGUAUUUGAAAUCAUCUAAUUUUUCCACACGGAGCAGGAAUUGGAGUAAAUGCAAUAUUAUGUUAUAAUACCACCAAGAAAAACAAGGCAAAAAAUGGAAUGGACCUAUCUGAAAACUGAUGAACCUAAGCAUAGAAAGAAAAAAAUAGGUGUAUAAAAUGUUUUCCAUGAGAAACCAAGAAACUUACACUGGUUUGACAGUGGUCGAUUACACGUCCCCACAGCUCCGACGUGCCUGUUCACUCGCCCACGCCUUUCCCAACCCUUCUCUACUGGCUGCUGUUUUAAAGUUUGCCCUUCCCCAAAUUUGGAUUUUUAUUACAGAUCUAAAGCUCUUUCAAUUUUAUACUGAUUAAAUCAGUACUGCAGUAUUUGAUUAACCAA